AGCAUCUAUUUGCAAUAACAGUCAGGAACGAAAAUGGACGACGACAGAGAUUUAACCACGAAGCCAUGGGAUACCUGCCGAGAGGUUCCCGUAAUUGAAGAUGAACAGACGCCAUGGAAGAUGAUCAAAUUACUAAAGAUCAUCUCUCUGUGUAUCGUCGCUGUGACUGUGUUUGGAUUGGCGCUAUGCAGCAAGGCUACGUUCCUCCUUCUCAUCACCUUGGCCAACGAAGGCACAAAAACCCUCCCAGAUGACAUGAGGCCCGUCGCUCUGCUUUGCAUCGCCUGCGUCCUCAUCAUUUCCAGCGUCUCGCUAUUUCUCAAAAGCCUUUGGAAGGCGUGCCUCAAAACAUCAAAGCUGCCAAGAAAAUCAACUAUUGCCCUGGUUCUGUUCUUUGAGUUCAUAGUGGCUAUGGGUGCGGCGAUUCUCACCCUCGUUGCAAUGCCGCACUUGGACAUCGUGACCAACGUGACGAUACUGAACGGUGUAGCCGUCAUCUCCUCGCUGCUACAGGUGAUCACUCAGUGCACCGCCAAGGAGAGAAACCGCUUCCUGCUGCCGUCCAUCACCGCCUUCUUCCUCAUUUUGCUCGGUCAUGGCCUGUUCCUCUACUUGUACAUCACGAAGGAUCUUACUGAUACCAAGAUGAUCAUUUACGUGGGUCUGGCUGUCGGCGGGACCUUCUUGGUGUCUUUCAAUUGGUGGGAGACCUACUUCAGACUGAUCAGCGAGAACAGCACCUCCGUCUUCCUCAGGGGCCUCUGUAAAGACAUGACCAAGUCCCAGAACAUGCUCAACAUCCUCUCCAGCAUGCUCAGGAUCGUGGUGACCAUCUGUGUGGUCGGAGCCUACGUCCCUCUGGACAAUAUGGACUGGGCCACCGUGACCUCCAUCCCGGGGCGUGAGACAAGAAUUAUAGGCAUCAUCAUCGGGGUCCAGCUGAUCUCCUCUGCACUCUGCCACUGGUUUUCAUUGGCGGCCUGCAAGAUGCACGCCCUGCGACGCUGCUUCAUGCUGCCUCUGUACCUGGCCUCUCUGGCCAUCAUGGUUCUGUUCAUCGUCCCCGUUAUCGUUUACUACCAAGACUACAGAAUAAGUCUGAACGGGACUGCAGUCAACUUCACAAGCUACUGCUAUGACUUCGUAGAUACCCGAAACAUAAGCUUGAACCCCGCGAAUGCCAGUGUGUUCCCAGACCUGGUUUAUGAUGUUACACACACCCUGUGCUUCCUGGACAUGUCCAGUAUAUUUGACAUCGGCAUGUUGACAGGUUCAGCCGUGUCUUGGUGGCUCGGUCUUAUGCUGGCAACCCUCCAUCUGUGGUACCUCAAUGUGUAUCGUAUCCAGAGGACCCAAGACCUGUUCAUCAGGAGGCUGUAUGAGGGACCCUUUAUCGAGCAGUCCCUGCUCCUCAACACCCGAUUCGACAUCCAGACCAAAUCCAGGUUAAAGACUUUCAGGGCAUUUGAUACAGCGAUGGUGUAUCUGUGCGCGACCAUGUGGCACGAAACCUACGAUGAGAUGAUAAACAUCAUUAUCUCAAUAUUCAGACUGGACAAGUACAGACCAAAGAUAGACGCAAAGCACAGUGAUUUCACCUUUGAAACCCAUAUCUACUUUGAUGACGCGUUUGAAGAGGUCGAUGGGAGUCGGGGGCGUCACCUCAACAAAUAUGCAGCGACCCUUGUGCAAAUCCUCACAGAAGUUUACGGCAUCUUCACAAACAUUGAUGAAAGCGUCUUCAAAAAGAAGAAGCAUGUCCCUGAUCAGAGGAUCAUAAGGACGCCGUACGGCGGUCGGCUGGUGGUCACCAUGCCUCAUGGGAAUGUUAUCAUAGCUCACUUCAAGGACAAAGAACUCAUCCGCCACAAGAAGAGAUGGUCUCAGGUCAUGUACCUUUACUAUCUUCUGGGCUGGAAACUCAUGACCAAAUACUACGCACGCUGGCAGAAGGGAGAGGACGAGGCUGAGCUGAAAGCAGCGGUACAGAAAGAGAAGCACAACACCUACAUCCUGGCUUUAGAUGGGGACACAGACUUCCAGCCGGCUGCUGUGAUGCUGCUCAUUGAUCGUCUGAAAAUGUACCCAGCUGUCGGGGCAGCGUGCGGCAGGAUUCACCCCACCGGAUCAGGUCCCGCGGUUUGGUUCCAGAAGUUUGAGUACGCGGUCAGUCAUUGGCUGCAGAAGACAGCGGAGCACGUGAUUGGAUGCGUGCUGUGCAGCCCCGGCUGCUUCAGUCUGUUCCGAGCCGAGGCGCUGAUGGACGACAACGUGAUGAAGAGAUACUCUACCAAGUCCACGGAGGCGAGCCACUACAUCCAAUACGAUCAAGGUGAGGACCGCUGGCUGUGUACUCUGCUACUGAAGCAGGGAUGGAGGGUGGAGUACAACGCAGCAUCAGAUGCUUACACCAAUGCACCUGAGGACUUCAAAGAACUCUACAACCAGCGUCGGCGAUGGGGACCGUCCACAUUGGCCAACGUCGUGGAUCUGCUGGGCAACACCAGCGUAAUUUCCAAGAGAAACCGGUCGAUGUCCAAACCCUUCAUGUUCUACCAGCUCUUUGCCAUCACCUCAGCCAUCCUGGCCCCUGCCACCAUCUGCCUUUUGAUCGCAGGUAGUUUGACCUUCAUCUUUGAAAUACAUGCCAGUGGUGCCCUGGUCCUGGCUGUGAUACCUCCGGUCAUCUACCUGGCUCUUUGCUUCAAACUCAAAUCGGACACUCAGAUCACUGUCGCAGCAUUCAUGAGUAUUAUAUACGCAUUCCUCAUGUUGGUGGUGACGAUGUCCAUUAUCGGCUCGAUGGUGAAGGACAAAACCAUCCUGACACCCAGCAGCAUUUUCGUCAUCGGCAUGGCCACGAUUUACAUCAUCACUGCGAUAAUGCAUCCUCAGGAAAUACAGCUGGUGUUCCACGGCUUUCUCUACAUCAUCUGCAUACCCAGCGCCUACCUGCUGCUCACCAUCUACUCCAUGGUCAACAUGAACAACGUGUCCUGGGGCACCCGAGAGUCAAAACCUGCCGGUGGUGCUGUCAUAGCAGAACCCGUCGCCAAGGAAACGAAAACCCAGAAAGCCAAAAACGCCUUUCAACGGUUCUCAUCGUGGUGCAAAUGUUGUAAAAAAAACAACCAGACAUCUGUAGCCGUGCCGAUCCCUGUCAACCAGGAGAACUUGAUCGUAGAGGCCGAACAGCCUGAAAUCCAGCCUCAAAACACUUUUGUGGGGGACGAAGGGAUCCUAGAGGAACGGAGGCAAGCAGAGCCUGUUUUCGACUCUCCUAACCAAUGUUUUGUCACACAACUACAGAGUUUAUCCGAUGAAAUGCAGCUGGAGGAGGAAUCACUCGACAAGGAGGAGGAGGAGUUCUUUAUAGAGCUUCAGAGGAAGUACCUGGCACCUCUGGUGGACGACAAAGAGAGACAGAAAAAGAUCGCCAGUGACCUGAUAGCGCUGAGGAACAAGAUAAACUUCGCCUUCUUCAUUUUGAACGCCCUGUGGCUAGUGGCAACAUUUACCCUCCAGCUCUUCGAGGCUUCCUUCUCCAUCCAGCUCCCCAAGGUCGACCUCAACCUCGAGUUCACCGGAGAAAAUGUACAAAUCGAUCCCAUCGCCUUCAUGUUCAUUCUGGGAUUCGCGACAUCGGUUGUGAUCCAGUUCCUUGCCAUGUUCUACCACAGAAUCUACACUCUGAUCCAUUAUGUGGCCUUUCUGGACACAGAGCCCAGAGAACCAAAACCUGAACCAAUCGAACCCAUUUACAUGAAAGGCGAAAAGCUUAAAUCUGUCUCCGAGUCCAACAUCGAAACCAUCACCGAGGAGUCAAGCGACUCUGAAUUUGAAGACAGCGACGACGAAGAGUACUACUCGAGAAGUACUGACGGAGGAGGGACUAUGGUGUAAACACAAAUCCUGUGUACAACACUUUUUAGCACUUUAAAAUGUACACUGUAUGUGGGAUUUCACCCAAAAAUGUCUUUAUUUUGUAUAAAAUAAUUUAUGUUUACAUCUAGUCAAGUGCAAUUUAUUUAUAAAAUGAUGUUUCAUUGAACCAGUUUGUCACAAACUGUUUUUGCAGAAAACAAAUAAUGUAUAUUCUAGAUGAAAUAGUAUAAAACAUGUGUGUGUGAGUGUUGUGUGCAAAUAAAAAGCACCAGACAACAAUCAGGUCAGUAAAUGCAACAUUAUCAAUGUUAUUUUAUGAAGGAUCUGAAGUUAUGUUCCACUGUAAAUCUUCUUUGAGUUUACUGCCUCUGUGUUUAAGGCAUUUAAUACAUUGUACUGUGAAAGAGGAGUGAAUGAAGUUCAGAUACAUGAGGUGACAGAUGUGAAGAGGAAUGACAGUUCUUUUAACAGUGAAAAAAAGGUCAGAGGAAUCUAGUCAGAAGUUGGGCAAAUCGUUACGUGAAUCCUGAAAAAUCAGGAAAGUCCUGAAUCAGGGAAUCUUUAAAGAAAUGUCAAAGAGAUUAACUGAUAAACUGUUUGAAAAAAAACUGCCCGAUGUUUGUUUUAGAUCAUAAGAGAGCACACGCAGUAUAAUAUUUUCUGCUGUGGUCGUUGUCAAGUAUAUUUACAUGCUGACAGUAUGUUUUACACUAUGUUUAAAACAUCCCAAAUCUUACAAAAUGUAGAAACCCAGCUACAUUAUAUUUUUUUCAGGAAUUUCACCUUCCUUGCACUAGAUGUAAUAAAACUCCUCUUAAAAGUUGUUUUCUGAUGGGUAAAAAAAGAAGCUGCUGGUGGUGACGUUGUGUCUAUCAGAGGAGGCACAUUGGCCGCCAAAACUGUAACGAGAAACUGCACCAAAUGCCAAAUUAUGAUCUUUGUUUAUGUGUAUUGUUGAAUGAAGGAAAAAGGAUUGUUUAUGCUGUGUAAUGUCACCUUUUUAAUGCAAUGAUGAGAGUUGUCUGUUUUGAAGUUGUGUCCUCGUUUUUGUUUCUCAAUAAAGCACUUUGUGACAAAUAUGAAUAA